AGAGAGAGAGAGAGUGGGGUGGUGGGGGGAGGCUCCGGUUAGCCAAUGGGCGAAAGUUACUGUGACACAGGAAGUUUGGCUGAGGUCGUACAUUGAGCGGAGAAUUGGCAGAUGCCAUUGAUGCUCCCGUCCUGUCACAGGCGCCUGAACCCUCUCCGACAAAAUGCAGAGAUCUCCUCGGAAGAUUCAGUUCACGGAUCCCAUCCUCCCGUGUGAGCUGGACCCGCGAGCAGCGGAACAGAUCAGAAAGCGUCGUCCGACUCCCGCCAUCCACAUGAUCUCGAAGGACCACUUCUCAGAAGAGUUGGGUGAAGAGGUGCCAAGCUCUCAGUGCGGCUCAGCGACCUCUCCCAAACACAACGACAGAAGCCAUCGCAAAGCCUUGCAAGGAACAGAAGAGGGGAGAUUUGAGGAGUCCGGUGACGAUGAAGAGGAACCCCCAAACAUAGGCCACAAACAAGGUCCAGAUCAACAGCCGGACUCGUCGACCACUCCAGGGGGCAUUACCCCACAGGCAACAGGAGGGGAAGAGCCCAAAUGUACUGAGUUCUAGGUUCCAGGCAUUGGAUCGAGGGCGGAGUGACGGAGUGGGGGGGUGGGGGGGGGAGUCACAUCGAAGACACAACGUUGGGGGUCCCCACUUGUUCACGAAGGGAACGAACCGAACCGAAAACGAACCGAACCGAACGCACUCACCGACUGUGACGCAUCCGGGAACACAUUGCACUCGCACACAUUCUCACGCUCACGCUCACGCUCACGCGCGCACUCGCACUCGCACUCAUCAGUAUGCGCCUUAUCUCGUCUUCGACACGUCUCAAAGCGCGUCACGGAAUAGACUGU